GCGCUAUUUUCGUUCUGGUCCUGUCCUGUCGCCUGUAGUCGUGCCUUCCUUAAUGCCUUCUUCUGACAAUGACGAUAUUUCUUCAUUUGACUUUCGACAAAGAAUCAUCAACAAAAAUAGAACUAAUAAGAAGGCUGGGGGCUUUCAAUCAAUGGGUUUAAGCCAAACCUCACUUAAAGGUGUUUUAAGGAAAGGGUAUAAGAUACCAACGCCAAUACAAAGAAAAGUAACCAUAAUGAUGGCUAUUCCUUUAAUACUUCUAGGAAAAGAUGUUGUUGCAAUGGCACGUACUGGGAGUGGAAAGACGGCAGCAUUUAUAAUUCCUAUGUUAGACAGACUCAAAAUUGAGGAUCAAUUUGAUGCACUUCAUAGAAACCCCGAUAUUAUUGUAGCAACACCGGGACGAUUGCUCCAUAUUAUCAUGGAGAUGAACAUAAAGUUAAGCACAAUACAGUAUGUGGUUUUUGAUGAGGGAGACAGGCUCUUUGAAAUGGGUUUUUCAGAGCAACUUGCUGAAACCCUACACCGUUUACCAAAGGCUCGUCAAACCCUAAUAUUCUCGGCCACGCUGCCUCGAGCUCUUGCUGAGUUUUCUAGGGCUGGAUUAAUCGAUCCCGUUUUAAUACGGCUUGAUGUGGAUUCCAAAUUGAGUCCGUUAACUAAGAUAGCACAUAUGAUCUGUUCGGCCGAUCACAAGUUCUCCAUCUUGUUCCACCUCAUUCAAAAUGUGGUACCAGCAAAAGAGCAAAUUAUAGUUUUCUUUGCUACAAAACAUCAUGUUGAAUACGCUGAAAACCUUCUGAGGGAUCUUGGUGUCUCAUGCGUUGGCGUUCACUCUGGACUCGAUCCAGUUGCCCGUAAUCAGGCUGUAUAUGGUUUUCGAGCAAAUCGAACCAGAGCCUUACUCGUCACUGAUUUGGCGGCUCGUGGAAUUGAUAUUCCUUUACUUUAUUGUGCCAUUAAUUUUCACUUUCCUGGACAGCCAAAACUUUUUAUUCAUCGUGUGGGUCGAGUGGGCCGAGCAGGCCGGGCAGGAGUAUCCUACUCCUUGGUGGACCCAACGGAAAUGCCCUACCUUUUGGAUCUCUUUGUUUCGCUUGGAAGAAGUAUUGAGCUUGCUACCCACGAUGAUGCUACAUAUUCGCAUGAAAAUUGGCCGAGUGGCCUCCUGGGUCGAGCACCUUUGGAAAUUAAUGAAACGUUUGGCUAUUUGGUUAGACAAAGGCGGGCUACGAACUCCACUCUGUGGGGCGAGGGUAGCAACGGCGUUGCGAUAGGAAAGUCUGGGGCCCGUUAA